AUGGAGAACAAGGCCAUUGAGCUUGCAUGGAACGGCGAGACGGGUGCCAGUCGCGUGCUUCAUCAAGCUCUUGAUCUGCUCAAGACACACGGGAGAGACGUUUUGGAUGAAUCCGAUGAGAUUCUACAUGCAAAGUACCAGCUCAUUUACACCCUGGGCAGUCCCACUCCUCUUGAUGGUGGGGCUUUGCGGUGGAGAGUUGCAGCUGCUGUGCUAGCUUCAGUUGCAAGGCAUGCUUGUGAGUUGGUCCAAGAGUUUGGGCAAAGGGCCCUGUUGCCCGUGCCGGAUACGCCCGCGCACCAGUUUCCAGAGAGCCUUCGUUUGCUCGCCGGGGCGAGUGAGACACAGCCACGAUUGGGUUGCAGCUGCUACCAGCACCUCUGCCGGAGAGUGUUGGAUGAUUUCCUCGCAGGAGCUGCCGGCUUCUCACUGCGCUUGCGUGCAGCAGAGCGCCAGCACUUCCAGGAAUGCGUGCUGAAUCCUGAAACGGAAGACACACCAUGGGCCUACUUGGCCGACGGCAUCCAACCCUUGGCGCAACUGCUCCGGGGUCUCUUGAGUCACGAGGUGCUGCUGUUGGUGCUUAGCAAGCGCUACCGCGUGGACUACGGGGCACACCCCGAAGGUGUGCGCCGAAUGGCAGUGCCGUACCGGGCCAAGGAUGCGGCCGCAGAGCGGGCGGAGUUUGGACAUCCCGAUGUGGCGAUGAUGCUCAGCAUUCUCACGUACUACCGCGGUGGACUUUGUGAGGCCUACCUGGACGAGGUCUUUUGGAGAUUGCAGCAGAGGGCCAGUGAAGAAGCCGCCUCAAUCUACGAGCGAUGGACCAACGAGAUGAAGGAGCACAUGCCCGAAGAUCUGCGCAAGUGGUCGGGGGUCAACCUUGACAACCGGCAGAUGAUCCUGCAGAGGCUCUAUCCACUGUUGCGGAGGCACACAGGAGUGGUGGACUUCUGGUUGGAUGAAAUUGUCUUUCCGGUGGAGGCCAAGUGCUUUCCCCAGAAGAUCACGUCAACCGCUUGGGAUUUGUGCACCCCGGAUCAUGUGACCACGGGCUUCUCUGGCACCGAUGACACGCGCCUUCUUUUGCCAUUAUCCAUCCAGCAAAUAAAUUUACCUUCUUUGGCUUGCACCAAUGGGAUCGUUCUGAGGAACCUCCUGCAGAAGGACAAUAAUGAGUACACGACAUUGCGGCCUGAAGAACAUCCAAAUGGCCAAAGCCUCCUGAGCCAGAUCUGCCGGAAGGACCGGAAGCCCAUUGACGUCUUGCUGGAUGCAGGGGCUUGGGUGACGGACAUGUCCAACGAAGAGCUAGCAUCUAAGUGGCUGGAACUUCGUACUGACAUGGAGGCUGUGGUGUUCUUCGGGCCCGACAACGACAUUUUGGUGAUGACCCGUGCGGGCUGGAAGAUGUCUUUAGCGACAUCGCCCUACGAAGCUUCUCUGAAGGGAUGUCUCGUAUACUUGGAUGACGUCCACACGCGCGGCUCCGACUUCCACCUCAGUCCUGGCACCCGUGCUGCUGUGACGUUGGGCCGCCGUAUGCAGAAGGACAAACUGGUUCAGACCUGUAUGCGCAUGCGCCUGCUGGGCCAGGGCCACACGGUUUCGUUCUACGCCUCGUUUGAAGUGGAUCAGCACAUUGAGAGCAUCCGCAGAAGCAGAGAUGCAGAAGGAGGAACAUCCUGCGACAAUCUGCUGGCAAUCCUAUCCUGGUGCUUGGCCAACACCGCCCAAGGCAUCGCUGACAAUCUGCCAUACUGGGCAGCACAGGGUGUGAACAGGUUUCAGAAGAAAAAGGCAUAUCUCGAGUACAAUUGCCCUGAUCCUGAGCAGUGUCAGCUUGAGUCGUUGGCCAAAGCUUGCGCGGAGGAUGAGAGGUGGUGCCUGGAGGAGAUGUAUGGCCACACCCGGGUGCGCUGCUUUAUGCCGGAGGUGGUCGCUUCAAUGAUCCAGCGGAGGCAGCCGAUGGAGGGUGAGAUGCUCCACAUCGUGCAGCACGUGAAGAGGUUGGCUGCGAACAUCCGCUGCCCUACCAGCUUGCUGCAGGAAGAGCAAGAGAGGGAAUUGGAAGCCGAAUUGGAGGAGGAGCGCCAGAUCGAACGGCCUCCAGCAGCCAAGCCAGCGAGACCUCAAGUGUCUGCUGGGCUCUUGGAGCUCGCAGCCCACGGGCGGACCGGAGAAGCUUUUGAACCAUUGGAUGAAGCUUUGAAGCGAACCUCUUUCCCAAAGCCCUCCUGGAACGCGGCGACGUUGCGCGUGACCUUGGACUUCGUCCGGACAGUGGAAGAAGGGGCACUGCAGAACUUGGAUUGCUAUUUGAGACCUGUCGUGUGGCUUCUCCAAGGUGUAGGACAGAACGUUCUCAUCAGCAACUUCGAAGCAGAAGCGAUCGCAAGUAUCUUCAUGAAGAAGGAGCAUGCUGGAGCGUCGCUUCAACUGGUGGCAGCACGCCUGUGGGCAUACCAAGCGCCUCUAGAUGACAAGCCCUUGCCGAUUGCAGCACAAGUUUUUGCCGGAAGCCUCCACGGAGAGGCAGAGGACAUGUCCAGUAUCGGAAGCUUUCUGGGAUUGAGCCUGCCAAUCCCUCGAAGCUUGGGCUGGACGAAGCUCUUCGAAAACAAUCUCAUUGCUACGGAUGGAUUUGUACAGCCCAAGAACCGAGCUCGGGUGGGGCACGAAGAUCAGUCCUUUGUCCCCAGCCUGUCGCCGUUUGCGGAAAGUCCUGUGACCCAAGUGCGACAGCUUUACGAAGCACGGCACUUGGGCGCGGCCCUCCUGCAGGCGCCAGUGGCACGGCUGCUGGGGGUGUAA